CUGCCGUACGCGCGGGCCAUGGCGGCUUUGCGGCCCGGAAGCAAAGCAUUUCGCCGGCUACUCUGCCGGUCCUUCUCCGGUGGUGACGUUCGACCGGGCCGCGAGCGCGCUACGGAGCGCAGGGAUGCUGCGUCCAGCCGGGUCUCAAGGUUCUGCCCUCCAAGACAGUCUUGCCAUGAUUGGAUAGGCCCCCCAGACAAAUACUCCAACCUCCGUCCUGUUCAUUUCCACAUCCCUGAAAACGAGUCUCCCUUAGAACAAAGGCUUAGAGAAUUGAGACAAGAAACGCAAGAAUGGAAUCAGCAAUUCUGGGCCAAGCAGAAUUUGUCCUUUAAUAAGGAAAAAGAAGAAUUCAUUUACUCAAGACUGCGAGCUAAAGGCUCCUGCCUGCGAACCGAGUCAGGCCAAAGAGCAACUCUGGACGCAGAGGAGAUGGCUGACUUCUAUAAGGACUUUCUGAGUAAGAAUUUCCAGAAGCACAUGUGCUAUAACCGGGACUGGUACAAGCGUAAUUUUGCCAUCACUUUCUUCAUGGGGAAGGUGGCCCUGGAGAGGAUGUGGAGCAAGCUGAAGCAGAAGGCGAAGAAGACAAGCAGUUAGGAGGAGGAGGCCGCCUGAACCUGACCCACAGCACCAGGUUUAUGAGGCCCUGGGAACUGAGUGAGCACAAGUCCCUUGGCCCAGUUCAGACUGUUCCUGACUGCGUCCCCAGCUGGCUCAGUCUCACUGAUACAUUGUAUGCUUGAUGUCUGUGUUAUACCAAUUCAGAUUCUGGCAAUGUAAAAUGUGAAUAAAGUUUCAUUGCAAGAA